UAAAGACCGCCUCUCAUUUACACAACUUCACUUCAGGAGUCCAGCAGAAGCGCGCGCGCGUGUUGAAAUAAGACCAUACACAACUAAUUUCAACAUUAAUGUUAUUUCUUCUUUAACUUCUGGACAUAACACUACCGAAAACAUGACGCUUCCCUACACCCAAAGCGUGACGACUCUCAAAACCGUGAACGUAGCGGAACAGAGCACUCCGACGCUCUUGUCACACACUCCGGUCGCGAUGAACGAAGGCACGACGACGUACCGGACGGUGAAUCUCACGGGAGCUCAGCUGCAGCCGGUCCAGUACUUCAACAGUGCGGUGGACGGAAAUGUGAUGUACGGGGGCGCGCAUGGGGUGAACGGAAAUGUGGUGUACGGGAGCUCGCAUGGGGUGGAUGGAAAUGUGGUGUACGGGGGCUCGCAUGGGGUGGACGGAAAUGUGAUGUACGGGGGCACGCGUUACCUGGUGCCCGUUCAGCAGCGGCCUGCGGAGUCGUACGUGUACAUGAGUCAGGCGCCGCGCGUCGUCUCACCGAUGUACAUUCAAAACAUUCGGCCGGUGAGCGUCAGCAGCCUCGACGAGACUGACGUCUACAGACAAGUAAGCUUCACUGGACAAAAUUCGUCUAUCUUCAGCCAGUCGUCUAGUCCAGUCAAGAGCCCUGAACCCUCAGAGUCAGAGUCGGUGGAGAACACAAGCUUCAGGGAGGAGGUUGUGGAGGUGAAAAAUGGGUUUUCCACUCAGACGACCACCGAGGUGACCGAGGUGGAGCCGGUCCCCAAGAUGGACAACCGCUUCUUUGGCGAGCUUCUUGCCGAGGUUUACCGCAAGAACUGCGACAUUCACACCUGCAUCUCCGAGCAUGUUUCCAAGAUCAGGGGAAGGAAACAUCAUCUGGACCCCACCAAUGACUAUAAGGUGGAGAAAGAAGAAAUAGAGGCUCUUAUUCCUAAAGGAGGGUCUGAACUGACAAAGCAACAGAUCCGCUACCUGCUGCAGACUCGUAUGACGGCUGAUAAGACCAUGCGUCUGAUGUUGACCACAUUUAGCAGUCUACGAGAGGAGCUUAUGCAUCUGCAGGAGGAUAUGAGGCGUCUGGAGAGUGAGAAGGAGGAGUUGGAGAGAGAUCUGAGCUUUAAGGCCAAUCAGGCUUCGCAGUAUGACAGACUGCUGGAGACCGUACGUGAGCACAACAGGCAACUGCAGGCGUCUGUGAAAGACAGUAACAAUGCUCGGCGUACUUUAGAGAGUCAGCUUCUGAUGUUCCAGAGCAAUGAUCCCAACAAAGACUUCCACAUCAAGGAGCUGGAGUGUGGCAAGAGGGCUCUUGAGGAGGAGAAUGAGCUCUUGAGGAAGAAGAUGGCAGGUCAGUGCAGCAGUUCCACUGUCCAAAUCAGAACACAAGAGCUGUCCAAACAGUACGAACAGAUGCUGAAUGAUCUACGGGAGGAGAAGGACAGAGAACUCAAGAGCCUGCGGUCUCAGCUGAUAAAGAUCCAGACAGAGCACACCACCAUCUCAAAGACCUCUGACAGCAGCCUGGAACUGCGUAUCACUGAGCUCCUCACCAAACUUGAGCAACGUGACAGUGUCAUCAAACACCAGGAGGAGGAGCUCAGGCGACUCAAGCAGCAGCAGAGCGACAGCUCCAGCAGUACAUCGAGAACUGUCGUUACCAAGAGAUACAUGAGCCAGUACCCUAUUCUGGGUCUGCUGAGUGAUGAUUACCAGUACACACCACCCAUUAAAGAGGACAGGACUGUCGUCAUCGAGACAACAGGAGGGAUUACCAAGCGGGUUAUCUAGGCUGUAACGUUGGGAUUUGUUUGGCUGUAAUGAAUGCUGUGUCUUCUGUUUUGGGCAGAAAGUAAUUGCCAACCCUUAAAGAAACUGCUUCUUUUUCGACAAGAAUCAACUGGAAGAAGACCCAGAGGCCUCUCCAUUUCCUCCUCCAGACCCGAUUCCCUGGCUCUCACCUUGCAUGCUGCCCUCUCCCUCAUCUCAGGGGCUAAUGGUGAUGGUGGUUCUAACAUUACAUUUUUGGCCUGUGGAACCAGGUAAUGCCAUUUAAAAAUAGCAUUCUUUCCUCAUAUGUACCACCAAAACCUUCAGCAGCCUCUGGUCAGCACUACUGUAAGCAUGUACAUAUUUGGAGAGAAAUGUGUCUUUACUGGAAUAAAACUGAGUCAAGUAUUGUCCGUAAUGUAAAUGGUGGUUGCUGGUCUUGUUUGUUUUCUUCCCAUCUGUUUGGCUGUGCUACUUUAGCAAAUUUUAUGAUGUUUUUUGCUUUUUAUGUUUAUGUUCUGAAAACAUUAGAGGUGAUGCUUUGUAUACAAACUGAUAAGGGCUUUUCGAUGGCUGAUGCUGAUAUCUACAUUAUUAAUUUACAAAGCUGUCAGUAGAGGCACAGUCAUCGGCUAUGUUGAUAAUCUGGCAAUUAGCCGGCCUUGCCGAUAGAUCAGUAUACCGGUUAUACGCAAUUUAAGAUGGUGUAGGGUUUUACUGCUUUUUUAAGUGGUUUACGCCAAAUGGAAUAACAGUGAUAGGUUUAAACUAUCCAAAACUCUGACAAAUUUGAUAGAAGAAAUCACUGCUGUAUUUAACGUAAUAGAUAUCAUAUAAAAAUAGAUUUUUAAGGCUCUUGAAAUGUCAGUAAAAGCAAAACUGCUCAGAAAAUGCUGGUAGCUACAGGGCCUCCACAAUUAUUCAUUAAUCUCUGCAACUGCUGGGAGUAUUUUUGUUAUGGCACAUAGUCUAUUUCUACAGUAUCUGCUGUAGUUGUCAGUUGUCCUGACCUACUCAAGUGUUUUUUUGUUUUUUUCCGCUCUUAAUAUUCAAUGUAAUGUGCCUUAAAGGAAUCUUGGACUUCAUGGGACAUUCUGUUAUUUUUAAGUGUAGAGUUUUGCUGGGUUUACCUUCAUUAAAGUGCAAAACGUCAAGAUUUCAUUUUGCUCAAGUUAGUGGUAUACGAUGUAAGAGAAUGGCCAGAAAAGAGCCAUUUCUGAUGUCAGUAAGAGGUAAAUGGUUGCAAAAUGGGUAGUUUAGACAUCAAAAAAAUUUGAAGUGGUAAAGCUUCAAAAAGCUUUUGAAAUAUCUCAAUUUUUAAAAUACUUGAGUGACAUUAGAAAUCCAGAGCUUCUUUUGUUCUCUUAUAUUCUUCGAUUAAUGCUGUUUUCAUAGAAAAUUAAAUGCACCUUUUAUUUAAAUAUCUUGGAGAGCCACUUUAAAUUCAUAAACUUCACAAUUACAGUGUUGCAUCUGUAGCAUUAACUGUUUUUUUUUUUUUUUUUUUUUAAUGGAUGGAAUUUAACAUGCUGUAACGGUGUGUGCUUGAAAUAAAGUAUAUUUUGACCUUC